AUGAGUGAUUCGUAUUCUUUAACACCGGAACAGAAGAAUCGUAAUGUUUUUUAAGAAAACAUUGCUUCUAAUUUUCAUUUAUGUGCUCAAUGUGAUAUCAAAAAUCAGGCUGAAUAAGCAACGUGCAAAUUAUAAAGGGGUAGCUUUUAAGUAAGGCUAACCAACAAUAUUAUCUUUGAGUCGGUUUCUUAAUGCCUUUAUAGCCUGCCUUUAAAGGCACCUUAUAAGUAGAAUGGUCGCAUAGUCGGCCGUAGUUGCAUUUUAUUGAAUCAAAGUGUUUUAAUAUUCAGUCUGUAAUUUUUGCCUUUUCUAGUUGCCGAAUCUACUUACAAGUACUUUACGACAGUGAACGACGGUCAUUCCGUAGUUGUCUCACAGUUGGAGGAAAUGUUCCAGUACAUGCGCUGCUCCGUGUCGCCCAAUCAGCUGCACGAAUGGACCGAACAACUGGGAAUAUCAGGGAAGUGCCUAUUCACACAUACAUUGUUUUUUGGGUAUAAAGGUUAGCAUGUUCAAGCUGGAUUAGUUUUCUGCUCGUUAUGUUAUUAAAAAAGUAGGAAGUGAAAAAAGUGAAAAGUGGUUUAGUAAUGCCAAUGGGUGGGACGGAAUGACCGUGUUCUUUUCAUUUGUAAUUGCUGGUCAGCUAUGCCGCAACCACAUCAUGGCACUAAGUGUAGCUUUACCUGUGGCUCGGGUGAUUUAGAGUCGAACAUCCCGUCACUGCAUUAUCUUCUCAGUCUCAGCCGACUGCGGCCGGGGCAUUUGAAGUCACGUCGACUUUGUCUUCUGUCGUUUGAUUUGGUUGCGACAGUUGGCCUAUUAGCAUCACAUUGAAGUCCUUUCUGAGGUAGUGAUGAGAAAUCGGUAAGCGAGAUUUUAUCAAACAAGGACAGAAGGCCUGAGUUGAUCAUUUAUGCUCAAUCUACCGACUUUGGUUAGUCGAAUUUUAGCAGCUAAUCUAAUGAUUACAUACAGCCAAGCUGGCAUCUCCUCGGCCAACAUCACGGUUUUCCCACUUUUUAACUGUCGGUAUAUAUAUAUUCCCCACGCUAUUUGACUUUUGUUUAGAAAUAUAACUAAGGCAGAACAGAAUUUUCCCCCAAGUGUUGUGUAGUUAACUGAGCGGCUGUUGCAACGGAAGCGUGAUGUUAGCUUUUAAAGUCUGAUAUAAUUGACAAUAGAGAAGAACUCAGCUGGGAGAUGGCGAAGCCAUUGUGGUAGUUUUGUGCAAGUGCAUUGGCAAGAAAUGUCAAUAAAUGCAUAUAAAAGGAAAGUAAAUGAUAAAGUACACUUCCUGUACGCACACGAUCAAAGUAUCGACACACGGUGGUACCUCCAACAGGAGCCGAAACGCAUACACUUGGACUGAAAUGAUUAACCAUAUCUUAUGCAAAGAACAAUUACUUAAGCUAUGUUGCCCCUGGAAUGAGUAAUGCGUGAAGAUCAGGUUAAUCAGUUUUAAAUUUUAUGCUGACUUGUGUUUAUGAAUCGUCCUUUAUUGUAUGAAUACGUGUAGAUAAAAUGGCAGUGUUAAACGACCAAAUGAAUCGGGUUUGAACUUUAUGCGUUUGGUCUGGCGUGUGAGGAUGGUUGAUUGCUGGCGACGGAUAGACGAGAAAUGACCACUUCGAGCGUUUCAGGAAGCAUUUGGCUGGAGGGAGACCCAAUUGCCUAAAAAUAAUUUUUUGCCAGGCACUUUGAAUUCGUACUCGGCUUCAUUCACUGUUACUGUCUAUGGUGGUUGAUUGGAGUGUAGAUCCGAAACAUAUGACGAAUCAAGAAUACUAUUCAGGCCACCUGGCCUUUCUCUAACUGGUUCCAGUCUCUAUUCUUCAUCUCAGCAAGCCUUUCUGCAGCCUGUACAUGCGAAUAAGGAAUCGUGGAACUAGUCAUUAUUCGUAACGAAAAGUUCAGAAAAGCGCUUUAUUUCGUGAUGAUAUACCUCUCGUUAUUUGACGGCUAGACUUUUAAACUAAGCACACAGUCACGCUCUUCAAUACAUUUAUGGAAUCUUUUUAUUCUUGUUUGUUAUAAGGCACGCUUGUUAACUUAUUGGAAUCAACAGUUGCCCCUUAGGAAGUGAUUUUUUUAAAAAUUAAGUUGCCUCUUUUCCUUUGGCAGUUAAAUAUGCAUGUGCAUGUACAUAUAUGUAUGCAUCUGUGAAUUACCUGUAUUCAGUUAGCGAGCACGUGAACCUGGAGCAGUUCAAACGACUUUACGCUCGAAAACUGCGCUACGACGAUGACCUGCGUGAUCUACGCGAUGCCUUUCGAGCCCUGGACAAGAAAAGACGGGGAAGCAUCGAUGUGGACGAUCUGAAGUCUGUUAAUUAGUCUUUUCGGAGUAUUUUUACGAAGCAGCAGUAUUUUACGCAGCUAUCUAUUUACCGUGCAUGCUCGUAUUUCUAGGUCACAUUCGAUGCUCGCAGCACUGACUGUCGUAACUGCACAUCCAAAUUGGGCAAAAUGACUGAUACAUCACGAGAGAUUACAGUUCGAUCGUCGCUAGCUACAGCGUCCACUGCGCGCCCCACAGAGUGGACGCAGCGCCAAUAAAAUUAUUGAGGCAAAAAGCGUGUAAAUUAGCCGAAAUCUUUGGACUAUAGGAUAAAAACACGCACUAGGACAGUGAGACAGUCAGCCUCUAUUAAACCCGCUAGUUCGGUUUAAAAAAAUCUUAAGUAACUUGAAGGGUCAAAAAGUAAUUUGAACCCAAGGGAUACUCGAAAUCUGUCAUCUGGACGCCAUUUUAGGUGGGCGGCCAGCCGACCCACUCCUUACGUCGGACGCAGUGCGGUCACGCCAUGUCGUCCAGAGAUGACCAGUUGAAGGUCAGCAAGCUGGGUAUGUAGAAGACCCGAUUAUUUUCCUCGUGUAUUCACCCCCACUUACGACGCUGAUUUAAAGCAUAAAAGUCAAGCGAACAUGCUAUUUUCACUGUACUAAUAUUCUCAUGCUAUAACCGUCCAGCAGUCGAUUUAAAGAAAGCGAUCGUCCACUUGCGCCUUUAAGCUUCACCCACAGACCUCGCAGGUGGUGGCAUCGGCAUCGACAAUAAUAAAAAAAUUGCACCGACUAGGACGACUGGAACCGAGAUGUCUAUUCUGGCUUAUUCGACGUCAUCGGCUUACCGUAUCCCAUAUUUAGAUUAAGAUAUACAGGUAUAUUCAUAGAACAAUGGGCAACCCAAUGGAUGUAAUCAUAAGUACAGGUUUUCAGGAACGAAUCAACUUUUACUAUACAAAUUUCCCCGGCGGUAACGUACAACGCCAAGCAGGUUUUAGCAUUUCGCUACACCGUCAGUUUGGCUUCUUCCGUCUUUACUUGUCCUAUAGUACUUUUCUUAUUUCAUCUACGCCGAUAUGCCAAUUAAUACAUGCCUUAUAUGAGUGCAUUACCAGUAAGAAUUCGUGGACUUUUUCUUUCGGUCAGGCGCCCGCAAUGCCAACUUUCUCCAAUACAAACAUGUGUUAUGUGUGUCCAGUUUUUGCAUGGCCCCUGCAAUAGGCGGUUUCGUCUCCAAACCAUUAGCUCGUUUUCAUGUAUGCGGUGGAGGUGGUUUUCCCCUCUGAAAAUAAUAGACCGCGUCACAGCUGGCGCAUGGAACUGGGAUAAGAUGUGGUUAGGUAGCCCCGUCUGGUAGACACAAUGCUGUUGAGGUUGGAGUUAGGGGCUAGAGUUAGGGGUUAGCGCGACUUUUUCUAAAUCACGAAAAUUACAGCCGCGCAUUCCCAAUAGCUUUUGUUUUUCAUACAGCUACUUGACCUCGUCGCCUGUGCGUUCUCCAGCUCCACCUGUAAAAAGCCCUAUUAGCACCGGUCCGGUAUUGCAGGUGGCUGGACUUUGUUUACUUCAGGUUAGGCUUUAUAACCACAUCUGACCGGAAUUCGUAAAACGUCUGCUUUUCUAUCGAAAUAGACAAUGCUGAUGUUAGGACGCAGAAUUUGACUGCCAAAAUUAUUUAUAGGUGUGUGCGGUAUCUGCACUGCCGUUUGUUUCGGUCGCCUCUAUUUCCACAGUUGGAGUAACUUACGAACCGUAUCUGAAAUUCCCAAUUAUGGUUUUGACAAGGAACUAUCACUUAGACAGGGUUUCAAUACUGACUAGCUUGUGAAAAACACUUCUUUCCGACCAUCUGAAAAGGCCCCAUUCGCUGAAUAUGAUUACGUAAGAGGCAUCCAUUUUUCUAGGAAAUUAUUUGCCUUUAUAAAUUAAGACAUAUCGAAGGGGUAUUGCUCGAGUCAAAUAAUGUCAUUUAAUUCCCGCCUAGUUGUAGGCUCUAUCCGCCAUUGGACUUGCAUUUAGGAGAAACGUGUAUUCCUUUAAGCAACUAAAAGGAUGCCAUCUAACGCUGAUUAAAUUUUAUAUUAGGUAAGGACUAAAGACGUUGUUAAAAGACAUACAGGCACGGAAACUGGGAAAUAUAUUUUACAUGCGCACAGGAUGUCACCUAAUUACAAAAAUCUUCAAGUUGAGAGGCACACUUACUUGGAGUAAAUAAGUUGGCGUAACAUAAUCCGCCUCCGAAGUAUCAUAAGAAAUUGCGAUCUUUUGCAGACUGUCUGCGACGUAUGUUUGGAUUUAUAGGAUCAUGAAAAUCAGUGGAGGUAAUUUAGCGAGUGUGGUUUCCAAAGAUUGCUUGAAAAACGCGCACAUAAGGGCUAGAAGUGGCGCAACCAGUCAGCUGGUAAAUGGAGGGGGGCUAGUCGUUGUCGCCAUGUCGGGUAGACCGCUACAUGGGCAGCCCGGCAUUCCAGUUACUUUGGUGAAAUCAGGAACAUUUGGGUAAUGUUCCCUCGCCUAAAGAUUAAUUUCCGUCUUGGACGAAAAAUAAAGCAUUCCAUCUAUAGUUGUGACACUCGUAAACUGUCUUAUUGAUGUACGUUUUUUCAAAAAGGUGGAUAUUGAAGAACCUAGACACCACGCUGACGGAUGAAGACAUUGAAUCAAUGGUGCAAAAUGUUGACACGGACGACUCGGGAUCAGUUGACUUUCAGGGUAAGUGCUCCAUUUUGCAGUUAACGGUUGCUUUACCUAUAGACGGGUCCUGCAUGUGUGAUAGAAAGACGACCAUUUCUUGGAUCACAAGUUUGUACAUUCGAAAUCUCACUCGAGUUCAUCGUUGAGGAUAGGUAAAACGUGCAACGCACUGGCAACCUACGGUUGCCUGAACUAACCAUUUCAGGCACACUAUCCAUUUUUUCGCUCUGUGUCUGCCUUUUGGCUGAGUCGUCAACUGAAUGUUCCGCUACCUGUAACCAGACUAGUCGAAAAAUCCAGGCGCCGAAUGCGAACUUAUGAGGAUAAAUCGACAGCAGAGCCGAGAGCCAUUCUAGACGAAAGUAAGCUAAACACCCAUUGAGCUGGACACAUCAUCUUGUCUCGGAGAGUAGCCUUCGUGAGGGUUCGAGAUAGCUUAUGAAUCAAUCUCUUAAUUUUUUUUCUGUAUACAUUAGCCAUAUGGACGCUGAGAUUUAUCGAUCUAGCGUCAGAUUUUCAUGCUUUAAUUACUACUUGAACUGAGCUAAUUCCCAUCCCUGCCAGGCGCCUGUGCAUUAUCGAAGCAUUUAAUGGCCCUUUUCGAGGUUACUUCUCGCAACUUGGGUGCGCGCCUCUUAGAAUCUCGCUGUAAACUAUCGCUUGUGAGGUCGUGUUGCGAGGCAUUUGUCAGUUACUAUGUAAAAGUUAGCAUGAUAAUCUUAGCAAUUCAUGUGAUUGAUUACUGCUGCAGUGUCCGCAGGUAAUAGUCGGUCUUUGGGGUUCAUAAAUGUGUAGUGACAUUUAAGGCCGUUUUGUUUUAAUCCGUUACAAUAGGCUUUUUAAAAAGCUUAACACAACUUUGAAUGAGGCAAAGAGCAAGCACGUGCAUUUUCCCUGCUGACGUCUUUGUUCGUAUUUACUAGUUGGUAACUGUUGGGAUACUGCUAUCUUCGUUUCUCGGGUAGCCUUCUCACCGUGUCCAACUAAUGGGUUUAUCACUUACAUUGAUGACCCCCACGUGAUUCGAUCACGUUAUAAUCUUCAGCCAGUUUUUGUGCUGGAGUGGUCAUGUUCACUUAUGCCGGUGUGUAGGAAGAAGGCGAACGCGUCCGAGGCAGUGUAUCCCAGCUAUACUGAGGCAGGCUCGCUGAAGUCUGAACUCAAAAUUUGCAAGGGGGGUUAAUGACCCAAGCCUGGAAUUCCACAAAUGUAGACACUGUAGGUUGUUGACUGGCUGAGAAUAAAUCACAAGGGAUAACUUUGAUGGUAAUAAGCGAGGGAACGUAUCGGCGAAGGAGAGUUGUUGGCAUCCUUUUGGAAAUUCAUCCGUGGAACUGGGAAAUACCGUGACUUUAUUGUUGAUCUGACAUCCCUCUCUCGAUUCCUGACAAGGUGUCCGCAUCUGCGUUUUCCCUUCCGUAGAUAGGAUAAAUGACGCAGAGAAAUAGGAACGUGAAGUCGAAUACAUGUCAAUUACAUGACGCGAAAGUUCAGUCACGCGUGUCUGUAGCAUUUCCAUGACGUGGGUUCCACCAAUUUAGGACACCUAAUGUAUGCAUGAACAAUAUCUUAACCUCACCUAACUCGGAUCCGUUUUUGAUGUAAAGCAACGCAAGAAAAAUGAGAGUGCAUCCGCGUGAAUCUUGCUACAAAACAGGAAAAACGAAUCUAAUAUGUUGUGUUUAUGCAGUCACAUACAGCCAUAGACAACAGACGAAUUGAGGAAAUCCCUCCGUCAGCGAGCCACCUUUUUUACACGCCGCAUCGGACUAGCCUUCAUUUGGAAUGAGGACUAUGUAGCAGCAAAAGAGGCAAGAGGAACUGCUCUGCGGAUGUCGUUGACCCACCAGGUUAUCUUCCUCUACGCAUCGGGCGGGUAAAAAGCUGCCCGGGCCUUAGUACGUAUGACUUCCAGUGGUUGCCUUCUACCACUUUGGAAGGAUCAACCGGUGUCUGCUGCUUUCAUAAAGUGCUCAGUUUUUUGGGUUUCUCAUACAGUCCUCGGUGGUUGUAGGACGAGAGCUACGCAUGUUCCUCUUUACCGUAGACCGACAAAAUCGCAGGUCACUCCCGCCCCCAAAGGCUCUGAUGAUUUUCAUCGGCUUUGUUAUUAACAAAACAUGUGGUCUGUAUGACGCAGAGGGCAAGGAUAAAGUGUGUGGCCGGGGUCAGAAAAAGGUAAUCUGUCGAGGGGUUCCUUACGGCAAUUGUGGCAACAGGAGUUAUACGGGUGCGGUCUCAUUAAAGCGUAUUGGAGACUCCUUAGAAGGAAACUACUCGAAGCGGCCCCGUGUUCGGCAGAGCGGUAUGGGCCCACGUGAACGAAGGACAGUAUAGUUUUUGAUUUGGAUUGGACAUAGUAGGCCUAAAGUAAGCAUUGGAGGCCUUUCUAUAACAUAUUGCGGACGUACAAGAGUAGGGCGUGUCGUAAUGUUCUCCGUUGGGUACCGGGGACAUGAAGGCGAUGUGGCGGUGGGAAUGUGCACAGGAAGGUGCCUCUUGCAUCCCCUCGACUGCGGACAGACCUUUUGCUUUUUACCAAAGAAUUACUUGUAGGAGGCGCAGGACAAUGAAUUCAUACAGAUCUUUUUGCAGCAGCGCGUUCUAGAUGCGAUUUGGUUCAAAGUAUGUCAUCGUGCUGGGCUUAGAGCCGUUGAAGGAAGUGACUGGAUUCCAAUCAAAAACUCUACAGAGCAACACCUACGUAGAUCAAUAUAGUAGGCAGUUAAUGAUAGCAACCCCACCCUGGUCAUAUACUUUAUCUUACCACACAGAGAGUAUCAUCUCCUCGCAAAAACGUAGAGUUCGCAGUCGUAGGCCCAUGACGACUUAAAUUAACAAUAUCUUAGUCAUUUAAAAGUCGGUGGCUCCCAUACUUUUUCAGAUCACCAAAAAGUCCCAAAUGGUGCCUACGGGAGGCUUACUGGUGAAUAAACGUUUUCAGGGAUUCUAUGUCAGGCCGGUAAAUUUGCCUACAUUUUCCAAAUCUCGGUUCACUAUAAGAAUAACCAAAUGGCAGAAGCAGAUAAAAGGGUGAAACUUUUUAAUUAACACCGAUUGCGCAUCUGGGUAAGAGUAAUUUCCUCAAAACGCCGACGGUCAGAUAACAUAAAUACCUGCAUCUCAUACCCGGUUUAUUAUUCAAUAUACCAGAAGGAGAAGAAGAGACAUUCAACGGGAGAGGUCUACUGGAGAUGUGAUAAUUCGCAUUUUUAUUACGAUUUAUUUGAUACGCAUUGACUGGCAUGCAGCAGUGUCGAACUUUCGCCUUGAUGCCUUAAAUUACUUUGCUUAACUGAACUACUUGUAAUUUCUGAUGACUAAUUAUUUGCCAGGUUACAAAGGGAGGUGGGACCGUUAGUUGAGGUCUUGCUUUUACGCGUUUUUAAGAAUGCGGUUAAGAGCGAACACUGUAAAUUAAAGCAAUAAACGUCAAGAAGUCAAAAAUAACCUAUUACCGGACAUUCGUCUCUGAUCGACCUUGUAACAGGAAAACCUAUCAUAACUAUUUUAGCCUACACAUUUUACGAAAAUCAAAAUAUUGAACGCGACUGUUGUUACCUUGCCACAUAGGUGGAAACGAUUUGUUAAAUUUUGUCGGAAAAAACUUCUGAAUGUGACAAUUUUGCUCAAUUCGAAUGACACGUUUAACUCCUCAGCAUGUCGAUGACUAGUUGGAUGUUGGUCGUCCGAGCUCCCUAAAAUGCACGGGCUACCUUUUUCACAAGCAGUGACGAUCCGCGAAAUCCUUCGUUUAACAAAUCUAAUAAACUUCUCGCCGAUCACUGACAGGGACACAACCUUAGGACCAGUACUACGUGAGACAUCAAGCGAGAUUUGGCACUAGUCUUCAACGACUACAAUUCACAGGAUCACACAGAAUUUGCCGCUAAUCGCUUAUCAGCAGCUCCGACAAAUAUCGUCGUUGAUAAAGUGCCAAAUAUAAUAAUGAAUACUUUACAUUGGGUAUCACAUUAUCUGAACAGAUUAGUGGCCUGAUUUGCUCUUUGAGGAACAGGAAUUUGAUCUAGAUGGUCAGAACGGUCGGAAAUAGUAUUAGCAUGACUUGCGUAAGGAACCUGAUUCCUACAGUAGGCGACCAUAUAGAGAUGGCACUGCAAUGGUCUGGGGAGCUUUUAUUCGCAAAAAUUUAUAAUCGACAUUUCUACAGAGAAAGCUGCUGUCCUUUGUGAAUCAGUACAUUGGUGUGCGUCCGGUGUUUCGAUGAGACUACUGUAGACUAAUUACUGCCCGGAAGACGCACCGGCGUCUAAUAAGCAACAAAAGGGACAGAGUGACUCGACCAUUUUUGAGCCCCUGUCUAUGGGGGCUGUUAUUCAGGUAUGCAUAUUGCAACAGUCGAGCUUCCCACACAAGGGAUGAACUGAAGGAGGCCAUUCAGCAGGCUUGAAAUGCCUUGAACGAAUCAGAGCUUGAAAGUUAGGUUAGUAGCACUAAUAAACACUGUCUUCAAAGUCUGAAGCAAAAGGGGGCUAAUAGGUCCUUUUGGAUCUAAACAAUGACCAGGGUAUGGGCAACCAUUAAAUGGGUGGGUUCAUUGUUUCCUUGCUAUUAAAAGUAGCUGAUUUUAUUUUAAUCCACGUCGCAAUAAAACCUUCCUGGCGCUAGAAACUGUCGCCUUUUGCUUUCUCUCUCGCUCCCUCUUUUUCUGUCUCUUGCGACAAUUCGAAUCGAUUUGCGUGGAGCUAUCAAAGCGCUGACCAAAGAACGGAUGACCACACGAUUAUGAGACAGAGUGCGCUUGAGUGAUAGAUGCGUGAUCGUUGACGCCUGUUUUAAUCGCUUUUUUCAGAAUUCUACAAACUUAUCACCUCGGAUUGA